AAGCUGGUCUGCGGCCGCGGUGGAGUCUCCGCCACUCACGCUGCUUGCCGCGGCUUCAGCGGCGGCGCCGUUCCCGGCCGCGCGGCUCCCCGACGCACGGUUCGGGCGGCUCCCGGCGCGGCGCGGCGCGGCUGCCCCGGCGUUCGGGUCCCCGUGGCCCCGCGGCUCCCGCCCCGAGCUGCAGGACGCGCAGGUGGGCCGGCGGCCGCUGGGAGAUAGGCCCCCCGGGGGCAGCGGCGGACCAUGGCGCGGAGACCUGGCGUGCCGGCUGCCUACGGGGAGGAGUUCUCCUUCGUCAGCCCGCUGGUGAAAUACCUGCUCUUCUUCUUCAACAUGCUCUUCUGGGUAAUUUCCAUGGUCAUGGUGGCCGUGGGUGUCUACGCCAGGCUGAUGAAGCACGCAGAAGCAGCCUUGGCUUGUCUGGCGGUGGACCCCGCUAUCCUGCUGAUCGUGGUGGGCGUGCUCAUGUUCCUUCUCACCUUCUGUGGCUGUAUCGGAUCCCUCCGCGAGAACAUCUGCCUGCUGCAGACAUUCUCCCUCUGCCUCACCAUCGUGUUCCUGCUGCAGCUGGCUGCUGGCAUCCUGGGCUUCGUCUUCUCAGACAAGGCGCGGGGGAAAGUGAGUGAGAUCAUCAACAAUGCUAUUGUGCAUUAUCGAGAUGACCUGGAUCUGCAGAACCUCAUUGACUUUGGCCAGAAGAAGUUCAGCUGCUGCGGAGGGAUUUCCUACAGAGACUGGUCUCAGAACAUGUACUUCAACUGCUCGGAGGACAACCCCAGCCGGGAGCGCUGCUCCGUGCCUUACUCCUGCUGCUUGCCCACCCCCAACCAGGCAGUGAUCAACACAAUGUGUGGCCAAGGUAUGCAGGCUCUGGACUACUUGGAAGCUAGUAAGGUCAUCUACACCAACGGCUGUAUUGACAAGUUGGUCAACUGGAUACACAGCAACCUGUUUCUGCUUGGCGGUGUGGCACUAGGCCUGGCCAUCCCCCAGCUGGUGGGGAUCCUGCUGUCCCAGGUCCUCGUGAAUCAAAUAAAAGAUCAGAUCAAGCUCCAGCUUUACAACCAGCAGCACCGGGCUGACCCAUGGUACUGAGAGUCCUUCCUGUGCCUCCACCGGGCCGGCGAGCAUCUCCAGCAGUGGAGGGCGCCUAGAGCACCCAAUGCACAUUUGGAUUCCAGCCCCCAGCCGUGAGGGCCCAGUGGAAAGAAGCAAGCUCUAGAAGACAGGACACAAGAUGGCUCAGGUCUCAGAAGGAUGUACCUCAUCUCCCCGUCCUAGCCUCAGCAUUGUCCUGUUUGUAACCUUGAACACUUGAGUUUGUGUUUUUAGUUCCCUUCGGGCAGAGGUGUGGAAACAGCGGUGUACAGACAGCUGCAGGGUUACUAGCUGCAUACUUUUCCCUGAGGCACAACAGUCAGCUCUGUUAGGGCUGAGCUAGGUGGACAGAGUCUGCUGCCAGGGAGACCUGGCUGUGCAGAGCAGACACUAGCAGCCCUGCCUGGAGCCCGUUUGGCAUGGCUCCAGCUGGAGAGGAAGGGAGUGAAGCAGGCAGCAGAGUGAGCCUAGGGUUGGAUGGGGACAGCUGGGUAUAUGGGGGACAGGAGCGAAGGGGGUGUGUUUACCAGAUGCUUGCCUUGCUGCACUCCCAGGUAGUCAGAGUGAGCUAUAUCCUGCCCCGCCCUCAUUUCCAUGGAAACAUGGCAGCAAGGGCAAGGGGCAUAACAGCAGCCAAAUUCAUCCCCAUCCGCUUUGUAAAAUGUUUGGAACCACGGUCCCUGUAUUCUGCAUUCGGCAGGAGUGGACUAAGCCAUACAUGCCCUUGAAUUCCUCUCUGUCUGGCCUCCCGCCCCAGCAAGUGGGGUUUUCUUUAACUUGGCAGAGGAGUGGCAACACCUCCCACCCGCAUCCCCUGCUCCAGAACUCAGUGUUUCUACAGUGUAAGAAUCAGGAAUCUGGCAGAAAUGGCAAUAAAAGUUUGUUGACAUGG